AAUCGAAUGGUAGUAGAGAGUCCACCAUCAUAUUUUCAGAUGAAUUUUGAAAGCGAUUUCGUGAACAACAAAAAAGUAAAGAAAAAUUUAGUGUUCGUUCCCUUGAUUUCAAAUAUAUUUUAUUAGAUAUUGAACAACAGUUUAAGAACGUUUGUGGUUCAUCCUUUUUGUAUUUGGAUUUCAAGUGGAAUAUCAAAUAAAGGCAAAAUUGUUAAAUUUCGUGUCGAUUUUUAUCAGUCAAGAACAAUACAAAGAACUCUGGGAUCCAGUUUCAAAAAAAAUAAAAGAGAAGAAGACGAUCAAUUUUAAUAUAAUUCGCAUUGAGGAAAAAAACGAAUGAAAAAGUAAAAUAAAAAAGUAUUGUGAAAGGAAACGUAUUUGAGAACAUAAAAAGAGGGGCAGCGAAUAAUGUUAGUUUUAAGUGCGAAAAAAAUUAAUUUAUCGAUACAAAAUGGAGUGAAAUAAUAUUGGAUUAAUUUUGUGGAGUGUCUGAAGUAUCAUUUAGGCAAGAUGCACAGCGGCAGUUCAUUAACAUCAAAUAAUCCAGCCUUCUCAAUAUCCAUUGGCAUCGCGUCAUUGGUUCUAGAAGGUCGGCCAUUAUCCGAUGAUGAUUACGCCUUGGAGUAUGAUUCAUCCACACAGCGUACCAGAAGUGACGUAACUUCUGGUGCACAGGCUUCCACUGCCACCGAUAUACAAUCGAUUCGGACACCCCAUCACAUGGAAACGGACACUGUACAGCAUGUACAACGACUACGGCAAAAAUUACUACAACUUCGUUCGGCACCUGGUACGAGUCGUGACUGUGUUGUUGAUCAAUCGAUCUCUGUUCUGUCAAGUUCGGCAACAACCAGCUAUGAUUCGGAUGAGGAAUUGGAAACUAUUUACAAGAAGCAGCAACAAUUGCAGGAGGAAAAUUUGUUAAAUUCGCUACAAUCGUUAGCAUCGAAUUGUUUGAAAUCUACACCACGAUCGUUUAGCAAAUCUCAUGGUCUAUUUCGUACAGUGGAGGCUUGGACCGCGGAUCAGUCGAAGCAGGUAUCUGCUUCGAUAACGGCUCAGUUUACCGCUGUUAAUUCCAAUAAAAAGAAAUUGGAUAAAAGCGUUAAGAAAACCGGACCCCACUGCGAACAAUUUAUGAAAAAAAUUGGAUUGAUUAAGGGUGCUAGCGGUGGAACGGACGCAUUGGAUUUGGAUGAACAUUAUUGUUCAGCGAAAAAUGAAACGUGCUUUCGUUGGCAAGUACACUACAAGCAGUUGGCUUCAGUUUUUUCUCGUGGCGACCCCAUAUGCAUUGAGGUUUAUUUGGGACCAGAAAAUCAUGUCAUUUUAUUGGAGCAAUGGAUUAUCCAAUUAUGUGACAAGUCCAAUCAAAUGACAAUGACCCUGCAAUCUCUAUGCUCAGCCAUUCGAAGUCAAUUAUAUUUCUCACAAAUAACGGCUUGGAGUGAUUUACUCAAAACGUCAUCGCAUAACGAUUCGGAAAUCCAAUCGAACCCCCGCAUCAAACGUUUCGCUUUCAAACCACCCAAAUUGGACAUAUUAUAUCGAAUACGACCGUAUGAUACGACCGCAUGCUUCAAAUCGAAGCCAACUGUACACAAUUUCCCAGAUGCCAUCAUAUCCGAUAGUCUAACCGUCAAGGUGUGCUUGAAAAGUUUGCCACGUCUCCACGAAAUUCCGAAGUUGCAACACGAAAACCAAAUUCCCGAUGCGAUCAAUUGUUUAACUCAAGCGAUGGUCGUUGACCAUCUUGCCCACCCUUGCACGGAAAAGGGCAAACAUCGGUGUGCGUUCGAUGACGAAUCCGUUACAGACGAAAUGGAUGCAAGUCCAUCGAUGGCAACGCAUCGAGAUCGCCAAUUGCAGAAAUAUAGGAAGCGUAUGCAGCGUCGCGAUAAGAAGAAACGAUCCGAAGAAGCAAUGGAUUCGGAUGGCUUUUGUACUGGAACAUCGUCUGACCAACCAAUGUCACCGACAUUAGUUCGUCAAGACUCGAUCAAUUCAAUACGUUUACCGCUGUAUUCAUGUUUGACCAGCAAAUCGAACAGUCCGAUAAACACUGCCGCUCACAUAACCAAAUCUACACAAACUGCCAAUGUUGAGAAACGUUCUAUAUCUACGCAAACUGACGUCGAUGACCCACCAUAUCCAAGUUGUAAUUUUUGUGGCAUUGAAAUGCAAUUUGUUUGCUGGAACUGUGAUACAAAGGUGUUUGAAGCGGCUGACAAGACGCGAGUAUCGCCGCAGUGUGUCGACAAGGCGAAUCUAUUGUUGCAGGCUAUCCAGAGAACACCAUGCCGGAAGCAGAGAGCACAAAGAAAAUGCGAAAGUGGCGGCCGUAAGGAAGUGUGUAGCACAAAUUCAAACACCAAUAAUUGCCAUCAAUCGGCAAGUGAUAAUUUAACGUGUGAAAGAAGCGCUUGUGAUAGUGGCGUAGAAUUUAGUGAUUGUCGUCUGUGUAAGCGACAGAAAACCGUGCAUAAUUUUAUUAGCAACAAUAAUUUAUCGAAUAAAAGUACUUUUAGCGAUGCAAUGUUAAACAAUAAGGAAAACGAAAUGGAUGAUGAGACAGCCGCUGACGGUAAUUCGACAUUUUAUCGUCGUACCAUGUCGGAAAGUUUAGGCGAAAGUGAUGGUGCGUCCAAUAUACCAUCAUAUCAUCGCACAAACAUCAGCAAAACGGAGCUGAAAAUGUACCGUCGAGCCUAUUCCGAGGAUGUUCUUUCGUGCAGCUGUGAUGAUUUAGUCGUAAACAAGAGCGGCCGUCCAAAGCAAUUAGACUUGCUGCAAUCGAGUUCCGGGCUUCCAAUUGACAAUUUCAUCGAAAACCAGUUCAACACACCGAAAAAUCGUAAGCAUCCUUGUCCCACCAAUUUCAAGACGAAUCCCCUGUACAUCUCAUGCCGGGACGACGACAACUCAGCCGAUGCUAACGAUGUUGCAGAGAAAUAUGUGCCGAAAAUCAAUUUGACGUCAGUGUUUACGGUAUCACCGAAGGGAAACGAUUCAACCUUCGCGGAUACGUCAUCGCCCAGAUACACCGACCUACCAUCGGCCAGUGCAUUCACUUUCGAAAACAUAUCUCCGGUACUGUCGUCGACAUCGAUUUGUUCCGCCAGCGUUGUACACAAGUCAUUUUCGGCACCAACAUUUCCGCAUCAUCAUUCACCGGCACUGUCGCCCCGAUUUCUCAAAUCUGCUGCAAUUUUACGUCGACGCUCGCGACAUUUAUCGGACAGAUCAUCCGAACGAUCGUCGAUUGGUUCAGAUGAGCAACUAUCUGAUGAAGAUUUAGGUUGUGGGUUGGACAACGCGUACAGUCCAAUCAUAUCGCCGACGAAAACUGCAGCCAAACCAUUUCCGAAAAGUUAUUCGUUUGGUCGAAGAAGUUUAUUAGGAUCACUGGAAGAGUCACUGUUGCAACGUCGUUUUACGCCAAAGUUUUUGGUUCCGGGUUUUAAGGUCUUACUUGGUGCCUCUGGCGGAUUCUGUCCCACCCAAAUGACAAUACCAUCGGUAACAUGUUUCUAUGAAUUAAGUGGCCAAAGUUUGAGCACUCCAUACGUGUGUGAAAUAAAAAUGCCACGAAAAGGUUACUCAAUCCCCCGAAUGGGCACCGUUCAGGCAACUCUACUAAAUCCAUUGGGCAUGGUCGUUCGAAUGUUCGUCGUUCCAUAUGAUUUCCGCGACAUGCCGACAAUGUGUCAAACGUUCAUACGACAACGAAUUUUAGCUUUCGAUGAAAGUGCCGAGCCCGGAAGGAAUGUGAAAGAUCUGUCGGCCUGCGAGCAAAUGAAACUGUUGCGGUAUGCCAUACAUUUGCGAUUUCAAACAUCGAAAUCGGGUCGCCUUUUACUACACACCGAUAUUCGAAUGUUAAUAUCGCGUCGUACCGAUUGUGAUACAGCGGCCGCACACGCUAAAGGUACAUUAGAAUCGCCGAACGAGCUGAAGAUUGUUACUGUCGUUCCAGAACAGCCGAAAUUCAGUCCCCGAUUGGACAAUAAGGUCUAACCAUUUUAGGUUGACAAAUUAUUCAGUUUUUUUUUUAUUGUUCUCUCCCCGUCAAUGUCGAUUUAUUAUUUCUUCGGAAUUAAGUUUACAAAUUAGCUGUGUUUGUUGCUGAAAUCUUCGUUUCUUUUAGUUUAAAUAUUUUACUUGAAUUUAUCAAUGUAAAUUGCUACAUCGGAAUUAGCAAUUUUUUUUAGUAAUUUUAUUUUUGUGAAAUUUAAAUAAAAAAUUAAUUUUCAACACGACA